AAACAAAAUACUUUCCCUUUACACUUAUUCCGAAGGUAAUAACCUGACUUCCGCUAAUGAUCCCAUGACUUCCGCAUAGCUUGACAGAGUGGACGUCAUCGAUGCCUGAGACAGUCCAGCUCACUGCACUCUCAAUCGAAAGACCUAGCGGUUGGCUAGCAGCUAGCAUACAAUAGCUUCCACUUUAAGAGGGAAUUCUCUUGUUGUAUUUGUGCAAAAAAAUCUCCAAGGAGCCUUGUCCGCGAUAAAAUGAAGGAGCGGAUACCCUUUAGUUCUGUGCUGGUCUAUUUGCUUGUGGCGUAUUCCUGUUCGUGCUCGGCGUUUUAUCUUCCGGGUUUAGCCCCAGUGAGUUUUUGUGAACCGGGCAGUGGUGGCGAAGAUUGUCAGACAGACAUUCAGCUCUUUGUCAACCGGUUGGACUCGGUGGAGUCAGUGCUGCCUUAUGAAUAUGAUGUGUUCGAUUUUUGUAAGGAUGCCAAGGAGAUGAGGCCUUCUGAGAACCUUGGACAGGUGCUCUUUGGUGAGCGAAUUGAAUCUUCACCGUACAAGUUCCAGUUUAAACAAGAUGUGAAAUGCAAAGCAGUGUGCACAAAAACCUACAAGAAAGGCGAAAAGGAAGAUUCCUCCAAACUGGACUUCCUUAAGAUGGGAAUGCAGCUGAACUACCAGCACCACUGGAUCAUUGACAACAUGCCAGUGACAUGGUGCUAUGAUGUUGAAGAUGGUCAGAAGUACUGCAACCCUGGCUUCCCCAUUGGCUGCCUUGUUACCGUAGAUGGUAGAGCUAAAGAUGCCUGUGUUAUUAAUUCUGAGUUCAACAAAAAGAACACAUUUUACGUCUUCAAUCAUGUGGACAUCAAGAUCACUUACCACAGUGGGGCAGCAGAAGGGUGGAGAGGUGCACGGUUGGUUGCUGCUACUCUUGAACCCAAGAGCAUCAAACAAACUGAUGAGAAAAACGUAAAUUGUGAUGGAGGUAACCCAAUGGAGGUCCCAGGAGAUUUUGACAGUGACGUGUCAGUGGUUUACACCUACUCUGUCAGUUUUACGGAAGACAAUUCUAUCAAGUGGGCCUCUAGAUGGGACUACAUCCUGGUCUCAAUGCCCCACACUAACAUCCAGUGGUUCAGCAUCAUGAAUUCCCUGGUCAUUGUGCUCUUCCUGUCUGGGAUGGUUGCCAUGAUUAUGUUGAGAACCCUGCACAAGGACAUUGCCAGAUAUAAUCAAGUGGACCAGGAAGACUCGGUAAAGUUUUCAUCGACAAAGGAAAAAUCUACAUUAUAUGAAGAUGCUCAGGAGGAGUCAGGAUGGAAGCAGGUGCACGGGGAUGUUUUCCGCCCUCCCAGGAAAGGAAUGUUGCUCUCUGUUUUCCUUGGACAGGGCACACAGAUCUUCAUCAUGACCUUCAUCACUCUCUUUCUGGCCUGCCUGGGCUUCCUGUCUCCAGCCAACAGAGGGGCUCUCAUGACUUGUGCUGUGGUGCUGUGGGUCCUGCUGGGCACACCGGCCGGCUACGUGUCUGCACGUCUUUAUAAAACAUUUGGAGGUGAAAAGUGGAAGACAAACGUGUUGCUGACAGCACUCUUGUGCCCAGGGAUUGUAUUUGCAGACUUCUUCCUGAUGAACCUGAUCCUUUGGGUGGAGGGGUCCUCAGCAGCCAUCCCCUUUGGCACUCUGGUGGCCAUUUUGGCUCUGUGGUUUGGAAUCUCUGUUCCCCUCACCUUCAUUGGUGCCUACUUUGGAUUUAAGAAAGCUGCAAUUGAGCAACCAGUUCGGACAAACCAAAUCCCCCGUCAAAUUCCAGAGCAGUCCUUCUUCACCAAACCCAUCCCUGGUAUUGUCAUGGGUGGAAUCCUGCCCUUUGGCUGCAUUUUCAUCCAGCUUUUCUUCAUUCUCAACAGCAUUUGGUCUCAUCAAAUGUACUACAUGUUUGGAUUCUUGUUCCUGGUUUUCAUUAUUCUGCUCAUCACCUGCUCUGAAGCCACGAUUCUGCUGUGCUACUUCCACCUUUGCGCUGAGGAUUACCACUGGUGGUGGCGUUCCUUCCUGACCAGCGGCUUCACUGCGGUCUAUUUGUUCAUCUACGCCGUGCACUACUUCUUCUCAAAGCUGCAGAUAAUUGGAGCGGCCAGUACCAUACUGUACUUUGGAUACACUAUGAUUAUGGUCCUCAUCUUCUUCCUUUUCACUGGUACAAUUGGCUUCUUCGCUUGCUUCUGGUUUGUAAAUAAGAUCUACAGUGUGGUCAAAGUGGACUAGAGCACUGGAGGAAGGACUAACUCCUUGCUGUCUGGGCACUGGGCUCCCCCGCGCUGCCUGUGUCAUAAAUCGGUUUGAAUUGACCUGGACUGAAACCAUCACUUAUGAUAGAAAAACCCCGCAGAGCAGAGCCCGUCCUCUUUUGUGCUUUGAACCUCUGUUGCUCGUCUUUUCUUUCUUAAAAAAAAUAUAUAUAUCAGUUUGUGUUCACUGUUGAGCAGUAGUAUUUUGAAUGGGGCCUUUGAAAUCAGUGUGGGCUCCAGCGAUCAAACUUCCACCAUGAGUUACAACCACGUUUGCUCUCUGGGAUGUUUCAUUUUCUGAAGAAAGCAAAAUAUUCAUUAUUUUGCCUUCUCGAUCCUUUCAUGGCUAAAUGUUCUGUUUUUUCAUUACCUGUUCUGUAAUGAUGAAAACUUGUGUACAUAUAUUGUAUAAAGAGGGGGUAAAGUGGGAGGAAGCUUCAUUAAGAUUGUCACCGUUGUGCAAUCGUCCUUUGAAUUUUUUUCUUUCAUUUAUCUUGGUUUUUUUAAGGUCAAUUUGGGCAAUAAUCCCUUAAAUAUCAGCUUGUAUUGUAGUCGAAACAUAAAAAAACACUGAUGUUACUAUGACAUAUGUCCAUUUUCUUGAAUUUAAGUUUGCGUAGAAUAGAAGGCUACUCCUGGUUAACAGGCAUAUCUGUAUCAUAGAGCUGCUAUGGCUGCAGUGUGUUGCUUUUUAAGGAAGGUUUAUCUUUAUUGUUUUUGGUCACGAAAAGACUCCCACCAAGUUAAUCAUGACAGUCCAUGAGAUUGCUGAUGAGGUGCAUGUGCUCCACAGAGAUGCAAAUGCAUUGUUGGGCUGGUAGUUACAUUUAACACUGCAGCAGUGAGACGUCUUCUUCAAAGCUGAUAACAGUUUUACAAAUAAAUUGAAUUAAUUCAAAUUGAAAGCCAUGUUAUUGUCUUUGGGCUUUUAGAGUGAAUGUUAACCACACCUAAUACCCCUUUUCUAUUUGUGUCAGGGUCCAGCCUCUAGGAUUAAUUAUAUAUGAAAAAAACUUACACAAAAAUGAGGUUCUACCUCCGGUCUUUAUUCAAAAGGGCAACAAAGCAACGUCAACACACUGAAUAUUUCAUUCGGAUUGGUUUGAGUGUCGGCUCUCAGCCAGAGUAUCAACUCUUCCUCCUGUUUUAACGCUGGUGUAAGUCGAUGGGUGCAGCCACACACUUACACUGGUGCUCAAUUUACUGGACAGUUAUAGAAACAGAGCUGAAUAAAAACUCA